CUCACUGAGCUGCUGCUGAUACCGGGGCAAGAUGUUCUGCAGACGGGCAAUGCAGAGAGUGGGGCCGCUGGCACGGAGGGCUUUCAAACCGACAUCCAGAAAUGCAGCUCCAGUGCGACACAUGGCCUUCGGGGUUCCUGGUGGCUCCAGCAACAUGGCCUACUUUGUUUUGUGUGGAGGAGGCCUCACUGCUGCAGUAGUCUACGCCUACAAGACAGUCAACGGUGACACCGAGCGCUACGAGGACAGGCUCGGCAACAUGGGCUCCACAGCAAAGGCUCCUGAGGCAGAGGCAGCUCCAGAAGUAGCAGCUGAACCCGCCCUGCUGGAGGAGGCAGCCCCCACCGCAGAAGUUGCCGAAGAGGUGGUCGUUGAAAAGGCAGUCGUCGAGGCUGUGCCUGCUCCUGCGGAACCAGUAGCGGAGACCGCCGCCGAACCGGCCGUUGAGGCCGUGUCUGAAGAAGCAGCCGUCGUGGCCUCGGAGGUGGUGGUUGCUGAGGCUGUAGCUGAGCCGGUAGUCCCAGAAGAAGCUGCUCCGCCUGUAGAAGCAGUUCCUGAAGCUGUGGAAGUGGCUGCCACAGAGGAGACCCCAGCUGCAGUUCCUGAAGCUGUGGAAGUGGCUGCCACAGAGGAGACCCCAGCAGCAGUUCCUGAAGCUGUGGAAGUGGCUGCCACAGAGGAGACCCCAGCUGCAGUUCCUGAAGCUGUGGAAGUGGCUGCCACAGAGGAGACCCCAGCUGCAGUUCCUGAAGCUGUGGAAGUGUCUGCCACAGAGGAGGCCGCGGCAGUAGAGGCCCCUGCAGCAGAAGCCCCUGCGGCAGAGAGCGCUGAGUAUAUGCCCGAUCUGCUCACAGCUGUGAAGAUCUUGGCCGGCUCCACAGUUGAGAUUGCAGCAUUGUCUGUUGGUGACAAGAGUCUAUUGAAAGCCGUCCAGGAACUAGAGGAGAGUGGAAGACGUUUGGACUUCACACCAGAGGUGGUGGAGCCAGAAGUCCUGGAAGCAAUCCCAGAGGUGGUAGCUGAAGAAGCGGCCGAAGAGGCGGCGGUUGUAGUGCCUGAAGAGGAGCUGAAGUCUGCUGAAGCUGGUGCUGAUGCAGAAGAUGCAGAAGCUCCAGUUGCUGAACAGCUGGUUAAAAAGGAGACAUCUGCCUCUGUAGCGGCAGAGGAGACAGAGGCGGUGGCUGUAUCUCAGUCUGAAGAACCUACAACUUCAGCCCCGACAAUGGAGGAGCUGGGUGAGGAUGAGUGGGAAGAUCAGGCUGUGUCCUCCACAGAGGCCUUGCCUGAAGAUGCUGCUCCCGCUGAAGAUGCCACACCAGAGAAGGAGGCCACCACUACCACCGCUGCUGCUGAUCCAGCGGAUGCGACAUCAGCAGGUGAGAGGUCCCCUGCGGCUGAGACAUCCGUUGAGGAGGCAGCAGCUGAAGCGUCCGCAGACGAGACACGCGUUGGAGCUGCAGGUGUUGUGGACACGACUCAGCUGGCUGCAGCCUCCUCUGGGUCGGACCUGGAGGUCCUAUCAGCUGCUGACGCAGAGUCUGCAUCAGAGAUUGCAGCACAUGAGGCCAAGCACUGCCACGCCUGCCACUCUGCUCCAUCAGCAGCGGAGGUGGGGGCGCCACCUGCUGCUUUGCCCAUGGAGGAAGCUGUGGAUGUAACACAAGAAGUCCAGGAGGAAGUGUCACUGGUGGAUGGACAAAAGCCCAGGGUGUCUAUCUGGAGUGUAAAAAGCUGCUCAGUGAUGUAAUAGUACAGUUAAGAAGCCACAGAGACUAUGGUGGUGGUGACAAGCCAGUUAUGACAUGACAGACAGUGUGUCGUCCACAACACUCUCUCAUCUGUCAACCGAGCCAGGACGGCUGAU